UGUUCUUCGUGCUGGGCGGUGUGUGCGUGUCGUUCGGCGGCGCCUCCUACGUCAGCAACCUCUUCGCCCUGCGGAGGCUGAUGCUGCUGUCGGCGCCAGCUGUGCUGCUCCACGGGGCCGUGGUGGGCACCAUCGCCCUCUUCUGGCUCUGCGCCGUAUCGCUGUACAUAGGCCGGCUGGAAGUGGAGAUCAUCCACGAGGGGGAGGAGGGGGAGGACGACGGGGAGUGCAGGGAGUGCCGCGAGAGGCGCGAGCAGCGAGGCUACCGCGGCUCUCAGGACAGGGAAGACAGAGGCGGCAAGGGACGAAACGAGUAGAGAUCUUCCAGGGAUGAUGAGACGUGUGUGUGUGUGUGUGUGUGUGUGUGUGUGUGUGUGUGUGUGUGUGUGUGUGUGUGUGUGUGUGUGU